UUUUUUUUUUUUUGACGCUUGGACGCGUUCGACAACAAUCAGGCGGAUUUAUCCUCAGCACAGGCGUGGCGACGACGACAUCUGUGUUUCUUUUUUCCUCUGACUUGGACGGCAGGGCCUCUUGGCAUUUGGUUGCGUGCAGUGGAGAGCUGUGGGUUGCCUGGGCUUGGCUAGAAACCCACCGUCGUGCAAAGCGGCUCGUCAAAGACCAGUGACCAUGAGUUUUGACAACGAUUAUGAUUACCUUGUCAAGCUCUGUGCCGUUGGUGACAGCCAGGUUGGCAAGUCAAGCAUCAUUCAACGGUUUGCCAACGGCAUCUUCCCAGAGUUUCAUGGCCCCACCAUUGGCGUCGACUUUUUCUUUCGAACGGUCGAGAUGAAAGGAAAGCAGGUCAAAAUUCAAGUGUGGGAUACUGCUGGCCAAGAGCGGUUUCAGAGCAUUACCCAAUCCUAUUAUCGUGGAGCGCACGGCAUCAUUUUUGUGUAUGAUCUGACAGAUGUGGUAUCAGCCCAAAGUUUGUCACGGUGGUAUGAAGAUGUCAAAAAGUCGGCGCGCUCCGAUAUCAAGUGCAUUGUGGUAGGCAACAAGGCCGACAUCAAAAAGUCGGACGAUGCAUUGGAUAUUGCAACCGAGUUUGCAUCGCGCCAUCGAUUGGCUCACGUGGUCGUUAGCGCCAAAACUGCCGACAACGUAAGCAAGGCUUUUCUGAACCUUGCCGAGGACUGCCUAGGUGCAGAGACCGUCAAUGCGGGCAAGGGUAAUUCAAAGAUUCCCGUGACUCUUGGCAAGCCUGUCAGCUCUGGCGGCGGCUGUUGCUAGUUCCUUGAAGUCCAUCUGACGAUUAGAAGGAUGUCUGGCUUGUCGUGGCUUGGCGUAGGGCAGAGCCCGAAGCACAUUUAUCGCAGACGUGCAUGUGUUCAUGUGUUGUGUGAGUUUUCAUCGAUGUUUUCCUUCCUUCUUGGCUAGAUUUGGCAGUUUUUUUUUUUUUUUUUUCCAAUCGUAUUCUGGUACUGGUUGUUCUCCUUUCCUUUCCUUUCGAGCGCCCUCUUUUGAAAAAUUCAAUUGUUUUUUGGCCCUA